AUGAACCUCAAUAACGUGUCUCAAGGAGUGCCCAAUGGUCUGACUCCUUGGCAAGGAAUGUAUACUGGGGAAGAAAGACAGAGGGUUGUUCUGAUUAUAAUGGAUACUUUAUCUGAUUUACAUGGAACUAAUCCAAAUUUUGAUUUCCAAAAGUUAACAAAAAUGGCUCAAGAUUUUGAAAAAAUUGUUUAUGAAAAAUCCCCUUCUAGAGAUGAUUACUUGAAAGCUAUAAAACUGAAAGUGAAUCAAUUAAGAAUGCAAAAGCAACAAUUGGGAGGAGGAUCAGGUCCAACAAAUACUAGUCAACAACAACAACCUCCUCAAGUUGUACGAAAUACAACUGGAAAUAUGAGUCCUAUGAAUGCUCAAAACAUGCAAUUCUUACAACAGCAAGCACAAGUUCGUAGUCAAUCACAAGCUCAGAUUCAAGCUAGACAACAACAACUCCGACAAAUGGUAAACCAACAACAAGGACCACAGCAGAUACAACAAACACAACAAAGCCAAGCGGCUAUGAAUCCAACACAAGGAAAGCAACAGCAACAACCUCAACUGCAACAGCGACCACAACAAUCUCAGCAACAAGUUCCUCAAAAUCAAAGAGGAAAUGUUUCUCAAAGGCCACAACAACAACAACAACAACAACAACAACAAACAGGACCAACAAUGGGGGAGAAUAAUACUUUGGGCACUGCAAAUCAACAAGUUCCACCUCAAUUGCUCCAAUUAAUCAGAAGUACUCCUAUACCAAUGCCGUUAUUAAGUAAAAUCCCUAACUUACCAAAAGGAGUCUCAACUUGGAAUCAAAUUUUUGAUUGUAUUCGAAAGAAAAUAAUAUCCCAAGAUAUGCUUCCAUUAAUUAAAGAUAUUCACUCAACUCAUAUGCAAUUAGUUAUGCGCCAGCAACAACAAAAGUUAAACAUGAGAUACGAUGGAACUGCUCCAAAUGGUAAACCAAGUGACAAUAAAGUGAAUAUGGUCAAUCAGGGUGUUAACGGUGUGAACUUGAACAAUAUGAAUCCCAAGCAACGUGAAAUGUUUUUGGAGAAUCAAAGAUUGGCUGCACAAAAAGAAGGUUUCAACACUGUUCAACAAAAUCAAGGAGGUAUUCGAAGAGCUUCUACUCAAACUCAAGCACAACCUCCUUUACCCCAACAAAUUCCUCAAGGAACUCCCAAUAUUCUGCAGCCUCCGAUGCAUCAGCAACCCCAACAACCACCACAUCCUCAAAUUCAGCAACCAAUUCAACAAAACCAAACGCAAUCUCAAAUUCCAAGUCAGAUGUCACAACAAAAGCCUCCUCAAUUCCAAAUUACACAACAAGACUUUGCAAAAUACUCAAAUGAAGCUUUGUCAGUUUUAAAUAGGUUGCAACAACAGAAACAAAUUGACACUCAGUUGGACCCCACAAUGAAAGAAACAUUCAUACGUAAAUACAUUUUGCAUCAGAAAAAUCAGCUAUGGAAACAGCAGCAGCAACAACAACAACAACAGCGACAACUACAACAGCAGCAGCAACAACAACAACAACAUCUGCAACAACAACACCAACCCCAACAUCAACAACUUCCUCCACAUCUGCAUCAACAGUCUCAACUGCAAAUGGGCUCACAAAACAAUGCAACCGGAUUAGGUAUUAGCUCACUUCCACCAAACCAACCAUCGCACUUAGGACAAGUUCCACAAGCAAAUCCAGCAUUGCAGCCAAAUCAAAUUCCUCAACAACAAGUCAGACAGCAACAGAAUGUACCGGUACAAAUGCAACAAAAAGGAGCUGUUCCACCUCCAAUGGCGAAUAUGCCUCAUGCUCUGCCAUUAUUAAAUAAUUCCGUCCCAGCUACUCAAUUGAAACCAAACGCAGUUCAAAACAACCUUUCAUCGCCUUUAAUGAAUCAAAGAGGAGCUACUGCCGUAGUAGAAAAUAUGCCAAAUAACAAUUUAGGUGGUAGACCAAACACUGCUCCGGCAAAUGUAAGUGUUGCAUCAUUACUCCCACCACUAACAGACGAAGCAAAACUUCGUUUAAGACAAUUAAUUGAAGAUGUUUCAAAAAAUAAUGUAUUAUUGAAAGAUGUUACAACCUUACUUUCCCCAACUGACAAAUCAAAUGUUAGAGAAGCAAUGAGUAGAAUUCAAGAACAGUAUGGUAAUGUGGAUUCGAUAAUUAGUUAUUUUUUCUUACUUACAAAAAAUGCUGAGGGCACCAAACGUUUAAUACAAAUGAAAUAUAUGACUAAAAAUAUACUUGAUAAUUUGCACAGAGGAAUAUACUUAGCAGCACCUGAUUUGUUGGAGAAAUUGAAAAGCCAGUACGCUAAAUAUUUCGAUUAUGUGAAGGAACAGAUCAACUUAAGACGUCAACAAUUAAGUGCCAAUAGCUCAAUCGUACCUCCUCAACAACAUGUUCAACCACCUAUUUCAUCACAACAACAGCAACAGAUGAGGCGAGCUCCUGCUCCUCAGCAACACUCAAUGAUGGCAGAUCAAAAUAAUAGAGCAAAUCAAGCGUUCUUGAGUCAAAAUCCACAAUCGUCACCUCAAAUGUAUCAAACACCAAUAAAUCAACCACCAAAUGCUAUACCACAACAGCAUCCUCCACAAAUACAGGCUCAGCAACAGCAGCAACCUUUAGUCGGUAAUCAAAUGAGUAUGAGUCCUAACUGGAUUCCUAAUCAAAAUCAAAUUCCACCUCAGAUGCAACAGCAAUUGCCUCAAGUGCAACAACAGCAACCCCCAAUUCAACAAAUUCCUCCACAAAGAAAUUCAAUUCUGCAACCAAAAACCAAAAAAGCAGCUCCAAAAAAGAAACGUACUAGCAGUAAUGCUGCAGCUGCUACUCCAAAUGCAUUAGCAUCUUCAAUUAAGACUCCUCAUAAUAUUGCAACACCACUGCUUCAAAGCUCAGGUCAAUCUCCACCAAUGAAAACUACUCCUUCUGCAUCUGGCACUACACCAAAAAUCAAUGGUAUCAAUACUGCUUCAAGUAUUGCCAAUAUAAACCAACCACCUAAAAACGUUUUAGAUGCUCCUGAAAUAGAUAUAUUUUCUGUUUCAAAUGAUCUGAUAAAAAGAAGAGAAUUAUCAUUGACAGAUCCAAGACAAUUUUUCAUAGAAUCAUUAAAAAAAUUAUUAGACAUUGAUGAAAAUGGUGAAUGCUCUAUCAAAUCUGCUGCUACAUUACAAGCUAUAAGUUCAAGUUUCAAACAAGUAAGAGAAAUCAAUGAAGUUUGUUUAGAUAAUUUAUUUUAG